GUCACAAGUAUCUGUCACGUCACGUUUGGUUCAAAAUUAUCUGUUUUUAAAUUUCUAGUGUUUUCAUGAUUUUUGUAAUAUUACUGUGUUAAACAAUGAGCAGUCCCGGUGCAAGUUAUUCUACGGCAUUUUCAUGUAUGAUUCUAGCCGGUGCAGGGGGUUAUUGCUUAAAGAACAUUGAAAAUUUCUGCCGUUGUGCCAUCUCCAACGAUUUAUCAAAGUGUUCCUUUAUAAUAGUAAUCGUUAAUUCUGUUAUUGGUAUAUGGAGAUAUGGUAAUCCAGUUUAUGGUCAAGCUGUAGACAAAUUACAUAAAGUUACUACAGCCGUACAAGAUUUAGUAGUGCUUCCUAUGAUUGUUGCAAUUUUAAUGGAAAAGUACAAUUGUCACAUCGAAAUGAUCUACGGCUGCUUGGCUGCCCCCGUAAUUCCUCUAAUAUGCUCUAUCAUUGGCACAGACACUCUAAAGACUGAUUUUGAAAAGCUCGUAACGUUCUUUGGUUGUGCUGGAGUAGCUUACUUAUGUUAUAUGAACAACAACUAUUAUGGUGCUGCUACGUGCUUAUCAAGUAUAAUUAAAGUAUUUUGUUCUGAUGAUAAUAGUUUAAAAAUACCAUCGCAGGAUUUAAGGAAUUAUGCAAUGUGUUUCUUCACAUAUUUUGCUCUUAAGGCCAUUACUGAUUAAGUUCAUUAUUAUACAUAGACGGCCUAUACAUACAUAUUUUUAAAGCCAUUUUGAAAUAUACAAUUUUUUUAAUGACCAACAUAACUAUUUUAUUACAUUUUGUACAGAUUAUAGUUUUUCUUUUUAAUAAUUUUUAAUUCAAAUAACCAAGAAGCGCUUAAUUUUUAGUUAUCAUGCUAAGAUGUAUGAUAAAAUGUCGCUUUAAUCAAUAAGGGACUCUUCCAAAAUUAUUGGACAGUUAUAAACUAUAUUUCAG